GUGACAAUAAACUGGUCGUGGACCAUUGUGUAGGGCGCUGAGGCUUAUAAUUGGUGUAUUUGAGUCUCGGAAUGCAUCAAUGACCCUCGUUGAAAACCAACCCAACCCCUCAUCUCACCUCCGCAUAGACGCCCGAUCUCCUCACAUCAGCUAGAUACACCACUACAUCUUACAUCUCACAUCUCACUCCAUUGAACACCACCACACCAACCCACCCAAAAUGACCACUCCAUCCGACCCCAAUCCCACCCUCGUCCGGUGGUACAUCGACACCCGGCCCCUAACCAGCACCUCUCCGGCCCUCCCCCUCCUCGAGACCCUCCAACCCACCGAACAACAAGCCAUCCAGAAAUACUACCACCUCAAGGACCGCCACAUGUCCCUUGCCUCCAACCUGCUGAAAUACCUCUUCAUCCACCGCACCUGCCGCAUCCCCUGGUCUCAAAUCACCAUCAGCCGGACCCCAGCCCCGCACCACCGACCCUGCUUCAUCCCAUCUGCAGCAGUCACCACUUCAAUCCCAAAAGUCGAAUUCAACGUCAGCCACCAAGACUCAAUGGUCGCCCUAGCCGGCACCACCAUCCCACCCAAUUCCCCAAAGGAAGAAAUCCAAGUCGGAAUCGACAUCACCAGCACAACAGAACACUUACGCUCCCCGCGGAACCCGUCCCCGCCUACCCGCUCCGCAUUCCUGGAGUAUGUGUCUAUCUUCACGGAGAUAUUCUCUGCGAGGGAACUAGGGCUGAUAAAGUCCCUGACGCAUCCUGUUCACGGGUACUCGGUGUCGUCGACGGAAGGAGUGGUUUAUAGUUAUCGGGUUUUCUUUGCGUAUUGGGCGCUGAAGGAAGCGUAUAUUAAAAUGACGGGGGAGGCGUUGUUGGCGGAGUGGUUGAGGGAGUUGGAGUUUUUGGACGUGAGGGUUCCUGAUACGGAUGGGGAGGUGUAUCGCGGGGUUAGGGUGUUGAUGAAGGGGAGGGAGGUGGAGGAGGUGAGGGUGGAGGUGCAGGCGUUUGAGGGGGGGUAUUUGGUUGCGACGGCUGCUAGGGGGGGUAGGGUUGGGAGGGUGGAUGAUGGUACCGGGAGGGAUGGGAAUGGGGAUGUGUGGGAGGGGUUGAGGAGGUUGGAUGUUGAGGGGGAUGUGAGGGAGUGUGCGGAGGGGAGGUGUGCUUGUUUGGUAUGA